AUGGCUUACAAAUCACCUAUUGGCAUGUCUCCCUACCGGUUGGUUUUUAGGAAAGCUUGUCAUCUACCAGUAGAGCUUGAGCACAAGGCUUAUUGGGCAGUUAAGCAGUGUAACGUGAAUAUAGACUCUGUCGGAAAAGAAAGGAAGUUGCAACUACAAGAGCUGGAGGAGUUUAGACUUGAAGCUUAUGAAAAUUCCAGACUCUAUAAGGAGAAAAAAAAGUUCGUGCAUGACUGGGGAAUCCUACGAAAGCACUUCAAAGAGGGUGAUCGAGUAUUGUUGUAUAAGGCCCAGUUCACUUUCAAGCAGGAAAAAUUCAACACCAGAUGA